GGGGACAUGGUGCAAGGCAGGAUCUCCGGGCUCUCGGUCCGCGACGUGCGCUUUCCCACGUCGCUCGGGGCCCACGGCUCGGACGCCAUGCACACAGACCCUCACUACUCGGCUGCCUAUGUCGUCUUAGAGACUGAUGGAGAUGGGCUGAAGGGGUAUGGAAUCACUGUCACUCUGGGAAAAGGCACUGAAGUUGCUAAAUCUUUUUUUACCGUUGUCUGUUCUGUGAAUGCCCUGGCCCACCAUGUGCUUAACAAGGACCUUAGGGACAUCGUUGGUGACUUCAGAGGCUUCUACAGGCAGCUCACAAGUGAUGGGCAGCUCAGAUGGAUCGGUCCUGAGAAAGGUGUUGUGCAUCUGGCUACAGCAGCCGUUCUCAAUGCUGUGUGGGACCUGUGGGCCAAGCAGGAGAGAAAGCCUCUGUGGAAGUUACUUGUCGACAUGGAUCCCAGGACACUGCUAUCCUGCAUUGAUUUCAGGUACAUCACUGAUGUCCUGACUGAGGAGGAAGCCUACGAAAUACUGCAGGAAGGUCAAGUUGGUAAAAAAGAGAGAGAAGAGCAAAUGCUAAUGGAUGGUUACCCUGCCUACACCACAUCAUGCACCUGGCUGGGGUACUCAGAUGACACAUUGAAGCAGCUCUGCACGGAGGCCCUGAAGAGCGGCUGGACCAGGUUUAAGGUAAAAGUUGGUGCUGAUCUCCAGGAUGACAUCCGUAGGUGCCGACUCAUCAGAGACAUAAUUGGACCUGAGAAGACUUUGAUGAUGGAUGCCAAUCAGCACUGGGAUGUGCCCGAGGCAGUGGAGUGGAUGUCAAAGCUGGCUGAGUUCAAGCCACUGUGGACUGAGGAGCCAACCUCCCCUGAUGACAUUUUGGGACACGCCAUCAUCUCCAAGGCAUUGGUCCCAUUAGGAAUUGGCGUUGCCACAGAACAGUGCCACAAUAGAGUAAUAUUUAAGCAGCUCCUACAGGCGAAAGCCCUGCAGUUUCUCCAGAUUGACAGCUGCAGGCUGGGAAGUGUCAAUGAGAACCUCUCAGUGUUGCUGAUGGCCAAAAAGUUUGGAAUUCCUGUUUGCCCCCACGCUGGUGGAGUAGGCCUCUGUGAAUUGGUACAGCACCUGAUUAUAUCUGACUUCAUAUCAGUCUCCGCAAGCCUCACAAACAGGAUGUGUGAAUAUGUCGACUACCUGCAUGAACAUUUCAAGUAUCCUGUGAUAAUCAAGAAUGCUUCCUACAUGCCUCCUAAGGAAGCUGGUUAUUCCACAGAAAUGAAGGAGAAAGCUAUAAAGAAACACCAAUACCCAGAUGGUGAAGUCUGGAAGAAACUCCGUGCUGCUCAAGGGAAUUAGAGAAUCCAAGGCCAUCCAGGA